AUGGCAGGAUCCACGUCAAACCAAACCCCGGUAUCAACACUGAAACGGAAACGAAGCAAUGAGUCAAGCAAUCAACCAGAGUCUGCCGCAUCCUUAACCUCCGACGCGUCACCCUUAGACCCUGCUCUCCUAGAUCCUGCUCUCCGAACGCCUACGAGUAUUAGCAAGCCAGGGACCAAUGCAGAGGAAACCGAAUACUCCAAGCAAACAGCUACCAAAAAGCCAACCAAGGGGAAGAAAUCGGCUUCCCAGCCUGCAUCGAAGUUGUCAAAACGAACCCCAUCCAGGCCACUGCCAGAUGCCUUCAAGCGAAUCUCACAUAUCCACCGUGCCUUGAAUCUCGUAUAUACAUUUUGUUGCACGCGCAAACACUUUGCAACAACUUUCGACAACAUAAAGAAGGCAGUACAAUCUCAACUCGGCCAAGGACGGGAACUCACAAUCGAGGAUGUUGCGCGAGUCAAGGUUUUCGUCCCUCAAGCCGUCAGGUUCGAGUACGUGGACGAAACAAAACUCGAAGUAAUGACUGCGGGUGAUCAGGAAAUAGCUCAAUAUGGUUUACACAAACGAUCGAGUUUAGCAACCUCGGCAGACAUGGCCGCAGCCGAAGACACCGAUGGUGAUGUUUACGGGUCGGAUGGCACCAGACAUGUGCUAUUGUUUGAAUUCGUCGACGGUGACCUAAAGCGAGAAGUGCGCCAUCCGAAGACCGGGGAGCCUACUAAGCCUUCGCGCCGCAUGAAAGACGAGGAUUUGAAAAUGCCCGUCUACAGCCAAAAGCAGAUGCUAGGUCUGAUUGAGAAGCGCAACGCCAAAUUCUCGGAUGCGCUUAACAACUUCCUGGUUCAAUGUGAGGAUGAUAACACAGACCCUGUUGAGUCUCUUGAAAGAGAGAAGGAUCUGUUUCUGCCCACACCUCCAGACAGCGGCUCAAAUACACCUGCGGUUGUAGCUAAAGCACCAGCAACAAUUCCAAAAGAGCGCAAAUCCAUCGAGGAAAUCAUCGCGGAAAUUCGGCAGAUGCAAUGGUAUCACGCACAAAUUGUGCCCGAAGGUCAUCGAGUGUUCGAAGCCCAGUCUCCUGUCUUUGGAGAUUUGACAUUUCAGCUCUCGCAAGACAUGGUCAAUGCCCUCUACAAUACAAGAGGCAUUACCCAACUGUACUCUCACCAAGCAGAGGCAAUAAACCACCUUUACGAAGGCCACAAUGUCAUUGUAUCGACCUCAACAAGCUCGGGCAAAUCCCUUAUCUAUCAGGUUCCCAUGCUUCACGAGCUGGAAAAGGACGCUGAAAGCAGAGGAAUGUACAUAUUCCCCACCAAGGCUCUAGCACAAGAUCAACGACGCAGCAUGAUGGAUCUCCUACAGUAUAUGAACGGGUUACAGCAUACGAUGGUGGAAACAUUCGACGGAGAUACGCCUAUGUCAAGUCGAAACUUGAUCCGUGAUGAGGCACGAAUCAUUUUCACUAAUCCUGACAUGCUACACAUCACGAUCUUACCACAAGAAAGUGCCUGGCGGACUUUCCUCAAGAAUCUCAAGUUUGUCGUUGUCGAUGAGCUUCACGUUUACAAUGGUUUGUUUGGAUCCCAUGUCGCGUUUGUUAUGCGGCGGCUACGCCGGAUUUGCGCUGCUGUAGGUAAUCGUCAUGUUAAGUUCAUAUCUUGCUCUGCUACUGUUGCAAAUCCCGAAGACCACAUGAAAUCUAUCUUUGGAGUGCAGGAUGUGAAAUUGAUAGACUUUGACGGUUCUCCUUCUGGUCGCAAGGAGUUCAUCUGCUGGAACACUCCGUUCAAAGACCCACAAGACCCAACGUCUGGACGCGGUGAUACUGUGUCUGAGACGGCAAGGCUCUUUUGUCAACUGAUUCUCAGGGGCGUGAGAGUGAUUGCAUUUUGUCGCAUCAGACAGCUUUGCGAAGUCCUUUUAAAGGCCGUGCGAGCAGAAUUUGAUACCCUCGAACGCACAGAGGUGGGAAAGCUUGUGAUGGGCUAUCGAGGCGGGUACAGUCCUCAAGAUCGACGCCAAAUCGAGAAGGAAAUGUUCGAGGGAAGACUGAUGGGAAUUGUGGCAACCAGCGCUCUGGAACUGGGUGUUGAUAUUGGAUCACUGGAUGCAGUCAUCACCAUGGGGUUCCCUUUUUCCAUCUCCAAUUUACGCCAGCAAAGUGGCCGAGCUGGAAGACGUAACAAGGAUUCACUUUCAGUGCUAAUCGGAGAUCGGUACCCGACUGACCAGCACUAUAUGCAAAACCCAGACGAGAUCUUCACAAAGCCAAAUUGCGAACUGCAAAUCGACCUGUCCAACGAACUCAUUCUGGAAGGCCACGUCCAAUGCGCAGCCUUUGAGAUGCCCAUCCGCCCAGAAGAUGACAGUUGCUACUUCGGCCAUCAACUCCUCGCCCUCGCCCCAACUCGACUGGUAAAAGACUCAAUGGGCUUCUACCACUGCAACGAACGUUUCCGCCCCCAGCCCUCCCGCUGUGUCUCAAUCCGCGACACAGAGGACCAACAUUUCGCAGUAAUAGACACAACCAACAACCGCAACAUCGUCCUAGAAGAAGUCGAAGCCUCGCGCGCCUUCUUCACAAUCUACGAAGGAGGCAUCUUCCUCCACCAAGGCCAAACCUACCUAGUCAAAGAGCUGAACCUAGACAGUCGCUUUGCACGCGUGGUCCGCGUAAACGUCGACUGGAGCACAAUGCAGCGAGACUACACAGACAUCGACCCAAUAGAAACAGAAGCAAUGCGCGCCGUUGGCACAGACCCAUCAUCGUCGCGCGCAUUCUUCGGCGCCAUCCAAAUCCACGCUGUCGUCUAUGGCUUCUUCAAAAUCGACAAGCGGGGCCGUGUCCUCGAUGCCGUGGCUGUCGACAACCCACCCAUCGACAUCCUCACCAAAGGCAUGUGGCUUGACGUUCCAACGCGCGCAAUUGAUGUCCUCCAAUCUCACAGAUUGAAUGUCGCGGCGGCAAUCCACGCCGCGGAACAUGCUGUCCUCUCCCUCCUCCCCUCCUUCGUCGUUUCAUCGCCGGGCGACGUCCGCACAGAAUGCAAAGUCGCAAAGAAAGAACUGGGUAAAUCACUCCGUCGCGCGAACGUGCCAGAUGAAUUUGAAAAGAAAUUACAGCCGCCUUCGCGGCAGAGGCCUGCUCGUCUUACCUUUUAUGAUGCCAAGGGUGGAUCGUGUGGAUCUGGAAUUGCUAGUAAGGCGUUCGAGUUUAUUGGGUUGCUUCUUCGGCGGGCGGUUGCGCGGAUCGAGGCUUGUUCUUGUCUUUCGCCGCAGGGCUGUGUGGAAUGUUGCUGUGAUGAGAGGUGUAAAGAUAUGAAUGUCGUUAUGAGUAAGGCUGGGGCUGAAGUUGUCUUGAGAUGUUUGCUUGGGUGGGAGGUUGAUGUUGAUGCUUUGCCUUGGGGAGAGGAUGUCGAUGGGGAGGAGUUUGGGGUUGGGAGGUCUAGGGAGUUGGCUGGUGGGUUGGAAACUGUUGUUAGGGCCGAGGAUGUGCCGUGGAAGGUUGGGUGUCGUGUUGAGGAGAAAUGA